AUGAAUCGUUGGCUAGGUCGAAGCUUGUGGACGGGCUGUGCACGCACGUUCUCCACGACGCCACUGCGAGCAAACAAACCCCGACCAGACAUCAAGAGCCACAAGAGCCUCAUGGAUCUUCUCCAGUCCGACACAGGCGCUACGUCGAGGCUGAAGACACCCGGACGAGUAGCCGACGACCUGCUUUUCCAGCUGCGGUCCCAGCACCAGCGGAUCAUGCCUCCCCGCACCGGCGUUCUGGUCGGCCGUAGUGCCCCCGUGCCGUCGCCCGAGCUGCUCAACCGCGCCGUGCGCCAGGUCAACACCAUGAACCGGGUCAACGCAAUGAAGGAGACCGUCAACUUGCAAAGGUUCGCUGAGCGACCAGGAAAGGCCCGUCUGCGGAUCCGCAUCCAGCGGAAACGCCGCGAGUUCAAUGCCGGCGUCCGCCGUCUCUUCCAGUUGGUCAAGCGGGCAAAACGCCAGGGCUACUAA